GCGCGGCGCGGGGCGGGGGCCGCGAUGCCGCAGCUGGAGCCGGCGGCGGGGGACGACCUGGGGGCUCCGGACGAGCUGAUCGCCUUCCAGGACGAGGGCGAGGAGCAGGACAAGGGCGCGGGGCGCGGCUCGGCCCACGGGGACCUGGACGAGCUCAAGUCCUCGCUGGUCAGCGAGACCGAGGGCCGCGCCGCCGCCCCGGGCGGCCCCGACGCCGAGGCGGAGCGGCCCCCGCAGUCCCGGGAAAGUUUCCAGAAGCCGCGGGACGCGCUCGCUGAAGUGGUCAGACGACAGCAGGAUGGGGGGUUUUUUAAAGGCCCCCCCUACCCCGGCUACCCCUUCCUGAUGCUCCCUGAGCUGGGCACCCCGUACCUCUCCAAUGGAGCUCUGUCCCCUGGCGGCGCCCGCACCUACCUGCAGAUGAAGUGGCCACUGUUGGAUGUGCCGGCAGGGGCCACGCUGAAGGACAGCCGCUCGCCAUCACCUGCACACCUGUCCAACAAGGUCCCAGUGGUGCAGCACGCGCCCCACAUGCACCCACUGACACCGCUCAUCACCUACAGCAAUGACCACUUCUCACCCGGCUCGCCGCCCGCGCACCUCUCACCUGACAUCGACCCCAAAACGGGGAUCCCACGCCCGCCGCACCCUCCCGAGCUGCCCCCCUACUACCCGCUGUCUCCAGGAGCCGUGGGUCAGAUCCCGCACCCGCUGGGCUGGCUCGUGCCACAGCAAGCACAGCCCAUGUACUCCAUCCCCCCCGGCGGCUUUCGGCACCCCUACCCUGCCCUCGCCAUGAACGCCUCCAUGUCCAGCCUGAUGUCCAGCCGCUUCUCCCCACACAUGGUCCCACCGCCCACCCAUGGGCUGCACCCCUCAGGCAUCCCACACCCCACCAUCGUCUCACCCAUCGUGAAGCAGGAGCCAGCCCAGCCCAGUGCCAGCCCCGGCAGCAGCUCGAAAUCCCCUGUCACAGUGAAGAAGGAGGAGGAGAAGAAGCCCCACAUCAAGAAGCCGCUCAAUGCCUUCAUGUUGUACAUGAAGGAGAUGAGGGCCAAGGUGGUGGCUGAGUGCACACUGAAGGAGAGCGCGGCCAUCAACCAGAUCCUGGGCCGGCGGUGGCACUCGCUGUCGCGGGAGGAGCAAGCCAAGUACUACGAGCUGGCACGGAAGGAGCGGCAGCUGCACUCGCAGCUCUACCCCACGUGGUCAGCCCGCGACAACUACGGCAAGAAAAAGAAGAGGAAGCGAGAGAAGCUGGCCCAGCAGCAGAGCCACGAGGCAGACAGCGCGCUGCCCUCCAGGAGCAAGAAGCCGUGCGCCCCGCACCACCUGCCUCCCGACAAACCCUGCGACAGCCCGGCCUCGUCCCACGGCAGCAUGCUGGAUUCGCCUGCCACGCCAUCGGCCGCCCUGGCCUCCCCGGCUGCGCCCGCCGCCACGCACUCGGAGCAGGCGCAGCCGCUGUCGCUCACCACCAAGCCAGAGGCCAGGGCUCAGCUCGCCUUCCUCUCCAGCAAAUCCUCCUCCUCCUCCUCCCUGGGCUCCCCCCCGUCGCUGCUCCCCAGGCCCAUCGCCUUCCCCUCGCUGCUGCUCUCCUCCCCGCCCGCCCCGCAGCAGACGCAGCCGCUCGCGCUGGUCACCAAACCGGCCGACUGAGGGAGGGGUGAACAGGAGCCCCCCGCCCGCUGAGCACCGCCACAAUCACGACUCCCAACGCAGCCAAACCAUUAUUGGUCAAUAUUUGACCUUUUCUGAACUGUUUUUUUUUUUU